AUGGCUGUGCACGAUUCAUUUCGUUUACAUAUCACCUCUGAGAAAUUUAUCAUUGAAGCUCAGGAUAGUGGGACUCAUGAAGUUUUAGUAAUUGAUCGUGUCACUCAGGAGAUAAAUCUUCAAAUUGGAAAUGUUCUACCUGAAGCCGCUGUAGUUAAACCUAUUCAUGGUAUUUUGGGAAUCAUUAGAUUAUUAGCAGGACCAUACAUUAUUGUGAUAACUCAGAAAAGCAAGGUUGGGGAAAUCAAUGGUCAUGCCGUUUGGAAAAUCACAGAUACUGAAAUUCAUUCAUAUAAACGCACAACUUUGCAUCUUACUGAAAAGCAGAUUACAGAUAAUAGAGUUUAUUAUUCGAUGAUUGAGAGUGUUUUGAAAGCAAAUGGAUUCUACUUUUCUACUACAUUUGACCUGAGUCAUUCAUUGCAGCGUUUGGCCAAUACUAGUCCAGAUUUUGUUAAUAUUCCACUCUUUGAAAGGGCUGAUCCUCAAUUUGUAUGGAAUGGUCACAUUAUGAGAGAACUUGCUCAACAACCAGAACUGGGAAAAUUCUGUUUGCCUGUUAUUCAUGGAUUUUUAUCAAUAAGAUCUUGUACGAUCAAUAACAAAGCUCUGGAUUACAUUUUAAUUUCUCGGCGAUCAGUAUUUCGAGCUGGCACAAGAUUUUAUGUCAGAGGGCUGGAUUCAAAAGGCCAGGCUGCCAACUUUGUUGAAACUGAACAAAUUGUGUUAUAUGAUGAACACAAAUGCUCUUUUGUACAGACUCGUGGUUCCAUUCCAUUGUACUGGUCUCAACGCCCAAAUCUCAAGUAUAAGCCAAUACCAGUUAUAAGUAGUACUGCCAAUCAUAUGGAUGCUUUUCAACAUCAUUUCGACACACAGAUUUACACAUAUGGAAAACAAGUACUUUUAAAUUUGAUUGAUCAUAAAGGUGCUGAAGAUUUGCUUGAGAAAGCAUUUGCCCAAAUGGUUGUAAAUGCUGGUAUUAAAGAUAUCAGAUAUGAAUCCUUUGACUUCCAUCAUGAAUGUCGACAUAUGCGAUGGGACAGGCUUUCUAUUUUGAUGGAUAAAGUAGCUGAAGAGAGAAAACAGUUAGGUUAUUUCAUGUCUCUUUGGGAUAAUAAUAUAUUAUCCCAACAGAAAGGUGUCUUUAGAACUAAUUGUAUGGACUGCCUUGAUAGGACCAAUGUAGUACAGAGCAUGUUGGCUAAGGAUAUCUUACAGGACCAAUUAUUGCAACUUCAAAUCUUGCAACCUGGGCAAUUAAUAAAAGAUUUCCCAAUGUUUAAUGAUGUAUUAAAAAAUGUGUGGGCUGACAAUGCAGAUACAGUAUCUAAACAGUAUGCUGGAACUGGAGCACUGAAAACUGACUUCACAAGAACUGGAAAGCGAACAAGAUAUGGUUUGCUGAUGGAUGGACUAAACUCUAUAGUUCGGUACUUCAAAAAUAACUUCAAGGAUGGUUAUCGGCAGGAUUCCGUUGACUUAUUACUUGGUAAUUAUAUAGUUGAAGAACAAGAAGGAAUAACUCGACCAUCUCCAUUAAUAACAGAUCGGGAUUGGAAGUUCUAUGCACUUCCAGCUGUCUUUUUUGUCUCUCUUGCAAUGUGUAUGAUUUGUAUUCUACUUCCUGAUGAACAUGCAACUGAACAAGUGCUGUACAUUUUGUUCUGGGGAGGUUUCUGUGUAAUAUCAAGUCUGGCAAUCUACAUGUUUGGUGAAGUUUUUGUAGAUUCUCCUCGGUUGACACAGGCUAAAUUUAAAACUGAUUAA